UACGAUCUCAGCCCACAGACCUCUUUCCCUUGUAAACAGUACAUUUCUUUUGCUGACUACUACCAGGCCAAGUAUAAUGUAAUCCUGACAUGUCCAUCCCAGCCCUUGCUCGAUGCCGAUCAUACGGUACGUCGACUCUGCCUACUGGUGCCGCGACAUAUUAAUCAACGUGGCGUGUACCUUCCUGCUCCCAACCGGACUCCGUCGGGUAGCGGAGGCUAUUUGAAUAAUGGAAUAACGCGUGAAAAUUUACAUCGCAAACAAUUGCUGAUCCCAGAGCUCUGUUACAGGCAUCCCCUACCGGCAUCGGUUUGGCGCAAAGCCGUAUGCCUUCCUUCCAUACUGCAUCGCUUGCAUCAGCUCCUUUUGGCUGAGGAGUUGCGUUGCUGGGUAGCCCUUGAGACUGGGCUAGGCAAAAUUCACUUGCCUCCUGUUUUUCGGCUUUCUCGCACUCAAUUCUCUGCUCCAUUCUCCUGUCAGACCUCUUCCUUACAUAUUUUCGAACCUCUUCGUUUUGUCGUCCCCUUGGAAGCCAGUCCCGAAGUUGGUGAUGACUAUCCGUCCUGCCCUAGCCCCGAAGAGUCCUCCAAAAUGGCUUUGGAUUCAAAUAUUAUUCGUGUCGGUAACACAGAGGGAACUCAUGACCAUGAUGCUGUUUAA